ACAAAGAAAGGCAAAAAUGGAAUCAAUGAAGUAGAAAGUAAGAAAGCUAACGAGUCAUUUUUGAGUCUUAAAUCAAAAGAGACUCUAUCAAGUUCACAGUGUGAGGAGAAUGCGAAUCAAACACCUAUUAAGUUGUGCUCAAUUUUAGCAAGCCCACUUGAAGAUCGGCCCGAAAAUGAUGCGGAAUGUGAGGAGAGCGGUCAGAGUAUUUCGGAAGUGAGUGAGAAGGCAGAUGAGAACCUAAUCGAUGAAGCAUCAACAACGCAGAAGAAACCGUCGGAAACGGAUGAGAGCUCCACUCCAGCUAAACAACCAAUAACUGAAACAUACAAACGUGAAGCCGAAGAAAAUGAACAUUUCGAUCCACAUUUUUACAAGAACAUUAUAGCCACACGGCAACAAGAUGAAACGAAACGAUCAUGCGAGACAGUAGAUAAACGACGACAACGAGAUACUGAAGUAACACAGCUGAAAGUGAUAGCGAAGGUUGUCGAUGAUAAAAACGAUCACAUCGAGACAAUAACCGUGAAACAGACCUCAUACAUUGGCUCUGGAGUGUUCAGUGAUGUCUACCGAGGAUUCGCACUGCGUGAUGGUCAAACCGAGGCAAAUGUUGAGCAAGUGGCCAUCAAGAAGAUAUGGCCCGAUCCAAGUAGAGAGGAUAGACAAAUCGGUGUGCAUCGCCGUUUAAGGCAUCCGAAUAUUGCGAGACUUUUGUUUUAUUUCGUUUGCGUUCAUCCAAAAACGCGAGUGGCAAGUUGGACGCUAAUUAUGGACUUAAUGCCGUCAACAGUUGCACGGGAACAGUCGACUUUCAUCGAUAAAGGAUUACUGAUACCACAAGUUUACGUUAAGUUAUGGAUGUUUCAAACGUUGUCAGCGCUGUCGUAUAUGGAACGGGCGAGCAUAUCACAUCGAGAUAUAAAACCUGAGAAUUUGUUAGUCGAUACUGAGAUUGGAACGUUGAAGAUUGGUGAUUUUGGUUCAGCGAAAGUGCAUCGAGCCGGCGAAACGAGCAAUUCCUAUCAAGUUACAAGAUAUUAUCGAGCACCUGAACUAUGUUUCGGAUUCACUAAAUACGAUGCCACUGUUGAUGUUUGGUCAGCUGGUUGUAUAUUAGCUGAGUUGCUAACGAAUCGAAUCAUUUUUUACGGUCGCAAUAAUGCCGAUCAGUUGAAGAAAAUUAUCCGCAUCAUUGGGACACCAACAAUGCGUCAAUUAUCGGGUUGUAUUCCAGGUCAUUAUGUGAGCGAGUCAAUUUUCCGAAAGAUUUACCCUCGAGUUGAUAUGUUCCAAUUAUUGUAUAAAUAUAACAAAGCAAUAACGGCUGACUGCGUCGCGUUCGUCAAUGGGAUUUUACGAUAUGAAAGUCAUGAACGAUUGCGUGGUAAAAAGGCACUUGACCAUCCUUAUUUCCAUUCGUUACACUUAACAACAACACGAUUACCAAAUGGAUGUCCACUUCCACCACUAUAUUAUGCUUGA